AUGAAGUUUGGAAGGAAUCUUCCACGCAACCAGGUCCCCGAGUGGGCAUCUGCGUAUAUCAACUAUAAAGGCCUAAAGAAACUCAUCAAGGCAGCUGCUGCGACGGCCAAGAGUGGAGAGAAAGUUGAUCUUGCAGAAUUCUUCUUUGCCCUGGAUCGUAACCUUGAGGAUGUCGACACCUUUUACAAUAAAAAGUUCUCAGACGCCUGUCGUCGUCUGCGUCUCCUUCAGGACCGAUAUGGUCGAACUCCGGACGUGGCACAUCUUGACCAGGAUGAGAUCGAGGAGCUCAUGGGAGCGCUCCUCGAGCUUCGCAGCCAGUUCAGAAAUCUGCAGUGGUUUGGCGAGAUUAAUCGCCGCGGCUUCGUCAAGAUCACUAAGAAACUGGACAAGAAAGUGCCAGAUACUACUACGCAACACCGUUACAUCUCUACCAAGGUAGACCCUAAGCCAUUUGCCAAGGAUAACACAAUUGCUCGGCUUCUUGCAGACAUCAACAGGUGGCUCUCAGCCCUCGGAGAUGCGCAGAAUUUUGAUGACACGAGAUCCGAGAGAUCUACGAGGUCUCUCGGCCGCGCUUCAGCGAAGGCAAUGUUGGCGCUUCCCUCAACUUUGCUGGACAAGCUGGAUCAGUCCAUCCGCAGUGACGAUGUUCAAGCUCUUGAAGCCGGCAUAAAGGAAGGUAAUCUGACCAUCUCUGAGCAGUCGUCCCAGAGCAUGCUCUUGAAUCUCCUCCAACGAUCUAUUUCUGCCCGAUCGAAAGGAUCCAUUGACUAUCUCCUCGGGAUGAUCAAGACUCUUGACGAGCCAGACGACAUCAAUGAGCGCAACUGCAUUCAUCGUUUAGUCAUUCAUAUUGGCCGAUCUAAAUCUGCUUCUGCACGAGGACAAGAACCAGAGCCACCCGCCUAUCCUUUCCCUAGCGGAGCUCAUUAUGCUUCGCAGUAUCUUACUCCUGCCACAUCUCCUCAGUCCUUUCCACGGAAUAGCAAACUCAAGGAGUCGAAGCUUCUUGGCAAGGACGAUGAAGCAGUGCAGAUCCUCAUGUACCUUUUCGACUCACUUCGGCCAGACCAACGGCCUGCCUUGAGUGCCCAAGACUCUUUCGGGCGCCUUCCACUGCAUUACGCUGCCCAGUUCGGCUUCGUUGUGGUGUGUCAGAUUAUCAUGGCGAAGAUGCAGGAAUGGGGCCAAUUCGACGUGCAGAAUGGCAUUGACGCUCCAGAGUGGCAGGACAAGGAGGGCAACGCCCCCCUCCAUCUCAGUGUGAUUGGAGGUCAUCCCCUGACCACUCAAGCUCUCCUGCAAGGAGAGAACUGGCAGGGAACAAGGGACAACAAAGCGGACCUUCGACGCACAGUAUCCAAAUCGAGUGCAGUACUUGCUAUUGCGACAAAAUCUAACUUCCAAUAUAUCGUGAAGAUGCUAGUUGAUGCCGGUGUCGAUAUUAAUUGGCAGGAUAAUACUGGCGAGACAGCAUUGCAUUUGGCUGCUAGAUUCGGACAUGCAGAAUGUGCUAGGAUCCUGUUGGAGGGCAACGAUGAGCAAAAGGCCGAUGUCGAACUCGUAGAGAAGUCAUUCGCGUGGACACCACUGCACAUUGCGGCCGUUGACGGUUAUCUCUCGGUGGCCAAGCUGUUGGUCGAGGCCGGCGCUGAUGUCGACAAGGUUGACUCGUCAGGCUGGACCGCGAAGGAACAUGCUGCGCUAAGGGGGCACAUGGACAUCGCGCGAUUCCUUGCCAGCAAUUCUGCACCACCUAAGGAAGGUGAAACCACGACAAGCUCGGACGAGGGACAGCCUACGGCGGGUACUACACCCCCUGAGGUGGCAUCACUUGAAGAUCGCCGCUCAAAUGGAGCCACUCGCAUCGCAGAGCCUGUGAAGACCUUUGGUCAUCGAUAUCUAAAGGAGGAGAGCCUCGUGCUCGUGAGUCUCGGGAGCAUGGACAUGCGUAAGGAUGUUGAGGCGGUCAAGCUGGACAAGGUUCCGCUUACUGAAGCUCACACCACGCAGCUGGACACUGCGUUGUCCAUUGUGGUCUCUGCAACCGGUGCGCAGGGCGAUGCUACAAUUAUUGACCUUCCUGUUCACGAGAAUAUCUCCACUGAGCCCAUCGUUUUCACCACGAAAGAUGCCUCUAAGGUGAAGCUUUUGUUUGACAUUGUGCCUACCUACUCAGGCAACGAGAAAAACAAGAUUGGUAGAGGCGUGGCUCUGCUAUCGAGCGUUCGUCCAUCUGUUGGCUCGAAGCGAAUGAAUCUCCAAGGAGAUGUUUGCGUACCCAUUAUGGGGGCGACCUUGGAGGUUAUUGGUACAGUGAACUUCAACUUCCUGGUCAUUACACCUUUCUCGCAUCCCAAUAUGGAAGUCACCUCGAAGCAGACCUAUUGGAAGAAGCUCGCAUCGACCAUGGUCAUUGGUCAUCGUGGUCUGGGCAAGAACAUCACAUCCAACAGGUCUUUGCAACUCGGCGAGAACACGGUCCCGUCAUUCAUUGCCGCAGCCAACUUGGGUGCUCAAUAUGUGGAAUUCGACGUCCAGCUCACUAAGGAUCACGUGCCGGUCAUCUACCAUGACUUCUUGGUUAGUGAGACGGGUAUUGAUGCACCGGUGCAUACUCUGACCUUGGAGCAAUUCCUGCACAUCAACCCGGACUCGAGACGUCUGAAAGGGACCGAUAUUUUGAAGAACCAGAUCAAGGCUCGGAGCAACAGUCCUGGUCCUCGACAGAGAUCUUUGUCUGUCGGUUAUGGCUUCAAUGAAUCGAAUGAUCUGGAGGAGCGCAUGAAGCACACUCGAGACUUUAAGGCGAAAGGCUACAAGGCGAACUCCCGCGGAAACUUCAUCCAAGCGCCAUUUGCCACGCUUGAGGAUCUUUUCAAGGAACUUCCAGACACGGUCGGGUUCAACAUCGAGAUGAAGUAUCCCAUGCUUCACGAGAGCGAGGAGCACGACAUGGACACCUAUGCGGUCGAGCUCAACUCCUUCUGUGAGACGGUCCUCGCCAAGGUCUACGACCUAGCCAAGGACAGGCACGUCAUCUUUAGCUCCUUCAACCCGGACAUCUGCCUGUGUCUGAACUUCAAGCAGCCCAACUUCCCGAUCAUGUUCCUCACCGACGCGGGAACGCUUUCGGUUGGUGACAUCCGGGCGAGCAGCUUGCAGGAAGCCAUCAGGUUUGCGAGCCGCUGGAACUUGCUGGGCAUUGUCAGCGUCUCGGAGCCGUUCGUCAACAGCCCCCGACUGGUGAGGGUUGUCAAGCAGAGCGGAUUGAUCUGUGUCAGCUAUGGAUCGCAAAACAACAAUCCUCUUCUUGUUCAGAAACAAGUCAAAGAGGGCAUUGAUGCGGUCAUUGUCGACAGCGUCCUGGCGAUUCGUAAGGGUCUGACGGAGGCUCAGAGCAAGAAAGAUGUGUUGCAUCAGCCAGAGGAAGAGGCGAUAGAGCUCUCGGACGUUCCAGAAAUGGAGAGUUCAUAG